GAUCAUCCCUCGACCGCCCCGAGCCGGGAGGCGGCGCCCGCCGCGCCGGGCGAAGUUUGUUGGCCGGAGUUGGGGGAGCGCGGCGGGGCGCGCCAUGGAGGCGCUGCGGUCGGCGGGCCGGGCCCUCAUCCGGAGCCCGAGCGCCGCCAAGCAGUCCUGGGGCAGCGGCAAGCACCAGAAGCUACCAGAAAACUGGACCGACACCAGAGAGACCCUACUGGAGGGAAUGCUUUUCAACCUAAAGUACAUGGGCAUGACGCUCGUGGAACAGCCCAAAGGAGAAGAUCUCUCGGCAGCUGCCGUCAAAAGAAUUGUGGCAAUGGCUAAAGCACGUGGCAAGAAACUGCAGAAAGUUACCCUGAAGGUAUCUCCCAGAGGGAUUAUCCUAAAUGACAGCGGAACUAACGAAUUGAUAGAAAACAUCUCGAUAUACAGGAUCUCUUAUUGCACCGCAGACAAGAGCCACGAUAAAGUGUUUGCCUACAUUGCUCAGAGCCAGCACAGCGAGAACCUGGAGUGUCAUGCUUUCCUCUGCCCCAAACGGAAACUGGCCCAGGCAGUCACCCUAACUGUAGCUCAAGCGUUCAAAGUCGCGUUUGAGUUCUGGCAAGCAUCCAAGGAAGAGAAAGAAAAGCGGGAAAAGUCCCUCUCUGAGGGAGAAGGUGCAAGUGGCCCAAACUCAGAAGAUCCUGCCUGCCUUAAAGCAUCAGUUGCCACAGGGAACCUGCUGGACUUCGAAGAUGCUGCCAGAUCUCCCCUGACUGUCAGUGUGAACGCCCCACGCGUGGAUGAGUUGGGUCCAAACUUCUCAUCUGAGAACAACAACAUAGUCUGGGAAAUGGAUGACGGGCUGGAGGAGGCAUUUUCAAGACUUGCUCAGUCAAGAACUAACCCUCACGUCCUGGACACUGGCCUGACUGCUCAAGAUAUCCAGAGUGCAGAAACCCUCUCUCCCGUAGACUGGGACAAAAUGGAUUCAAAUGCGGCAGAGAAAGAUGACCUGUUUGGGUUCUGAAGAACUCCUCCUCCACUGAACCGUUUGCAAUAAAGUAACCACUAAAAGUAAAAGGGCUGAAUGCAAACCCUUCUGGGUGAAGUUCUGGAGGGAUUUCUUAAAGGGGAGGUUUCACCAUUCUUACAGAUGCUGUUACCGCAAUAACAACUGGUUAGACCAAAGCUUUAGACAUUUAAUACAUAUUUUUUUAACCUUGCUUUUUAUCUAAACAAUGAGAUGCUCUUGAAUAUAUUUAUUCAGUAACCGUUACAGUUUACAUAUAUUAUGGAAGUUGCAUUGCUGGAUCCUAUACAAAAGUAACGUGUACAGUCUUAGAUGGCAAUAUACUGAUGGAAGAGUAUUCAGCAGAGCUUGCUGUCUUCCGAAAAUGACUAUCCAGCACCAAAGACUCUUUAGCGUGUACAUAUUUUUCUAGACGCCUGCACAUAUAAUUGCAAUUGUAAGCACAAAUGUUACUCAUCCUUUGCUUCCAAAACAGCUCUAGUUCUGCAGUUGUCUUCUUGCAUUUCACCUUCUUGAUAAACUGGGAGGGAAAGAACUACACCAGUAUUAAAAUCAGAGGUAACAGGUUUUAUUUUCCUUGUGAAUGUCUGCGAUAAAUCCCCAUAGUUGUCAGCCAUCAGUAAUGGGUUGUCUGACACUUUGUUAGCUUUCAGAUUGGAGUUGGCACACUUACCCAAAGACUUGUAGCUUUGCACUUUAAAAGCCUGAACUGAAAGUAUGGCCCAAAAUGUCAAAACAAGCUGGGUGUUCAUCUCUAACCUCUCUUCUCACCCAGAAGCUACUGAUCCAAAAACCACCGCAAUAUUGCAGGUCUGUAUCUCACAACCGACCUCUCACACUAUUUUUUUUUUCCCUUCACUGUGACUCUAAAUCUAAAGACUUCAGUCGCACUGAUAGUCAUAAAAAGGUUCUCUGGUAACACUUGGCUUUUGAUCAUACAUUGAAAAUUGCAGGUUGGAUUGAACCAGAUGCAUAAUAGGUUAAUGCUGGCUGCCUCCUACUGGGCACUCCUCUGUCUGGUCUCCAUACCAAUCUGUCUAAUGGAGCCACUUAGUAGGCUGAGGCAGAAUUGGAUUAAGUGAAACCAAUAUUUACCUGGAUGUUCUUCCAAGGGGGGG